GCGCCUUCUGUGGCCAUCUUGUGGUUGUCUGCAGCGAGCUGCUCGCUCCAAGCCUCGUAGAAUCGGAGGAGAAUCCCGCUGCUGGGGCGCCAUCAUGCCCGGACAUCUGCAAGAAGGCUUCGGCUGCGUCGUUACCAAUCGGUUCGACCAACUAUUGGACGACGAGUCCGAUCCAUUCGAGAUACUGAAGGCAGCGGAGAAUAAGAAGAAAGAUGCGGCCGCUUCGGGCACCAAAACCGCUGCACAAGCCGCUAAACAGCCCAAAAAAGAGUCCCAGAAGGACAGGAAGAACCCGCUGCUUGACAAAAAGGAGGACUCCCAAGCCGCCGUGCCCCUGAAGAAGGAGGGCAUGAGGAGGGUGGGGCGCAAGCAGGAGCAGCAGGGACCACCUGGCCCCCAGCACCAGGGUGCGCAGGCCGAGGGUCGCCCCAGCGACAGGAGACCGGACAGGAGACCUCCUCGUGAGCGCCGUUUCGAGAAGCCAGCCGAGGACAAGCCUGAAGGAGGGGACACGCCAGUGGAGAAGCCAGUGGGAGACCGACCACCAAGGGGGCGUGGCGGCGGGCGUGGCGGCCGAGGUGGGCGUGGGAGGGGCGUGGGCCGUGGUGAUGGCUUUGACUCGCGAGGAAAGCGUGAAUUUGACCGACACAGCAGCAACGACAAAUCUAGUCAGAAAGUGGAAGAGAAACGUGGAGGCGCCGGUUCACACAACUGGGGCAGCUCCAAGGAUGAGGUCAGUGAGUUGGAGCAGACGCCGGCACCUGAGGCACCUGCGGAAGGGGAGGAGCAUGCACCUGCUGAUUCUGAAAACAAGUUCUCAAGGGAGAACGAGGUAGAGGAGGUGAAGGACGAAGGCCCUAAGGAGAUGACGCUGGACGAGUGGAAGGCCAUGCAGGAUAAGGAGCGUGCGAAGGUUGAGUUCAACAUCCGCAAACCCAACGAGGGAGAGGACGGCCAGUGGAAGAAGGGCUACGUGCUGCACAAGUCAAAGAGCAAAGACGCGGGGAGGCCGUCUGGAGCUCUGAUAGAAGCUGGAGACGCUAACGCUGACGCGCACCACAAGGGUGCCACUGAAGACAUGACGGGUGACCACCACUUCCGCAAGCCGGCCAAUGACAUCACCUCUCAGCUGGAGAUCAACUUUGGGGACCUUGGUCGCCCGGGGCGCGGUCGGGCAGGGUCGCGCGGGGGCAGAGGAGGCAGGGGAGGGGGCGGUCGUGCAGCUCGUGGGGGCAGCCGGUCUGACAAGGGUGGAGGAGUGUCUGUCCCUAACGUGGAUGACCCCGAGGCAUUUCCUGCCCUGGCCUAAAGCUCCGCCCACAGACUCCGGCCCUCUCCAGCCCCUCCUCUACGAGGCUUGCAUGCUUACGGAUUCUUCGACUAUAGAAACCAGACAAGGAAAAAAAUAAUUAAAAAAUCUGAAAGACUGUCAUCCAUACCAUAUUGAGGACUGAAAUUCUGCCUUUGUUUAAAGGAAAAACACAAAACGGACUUCUCUUGUUACACUGAAGCAAAUUCUUGGUAGAGGUUUUGUAUUUAGAGACAUGAUAGCAGGGAUGUUCAUAGAGGUGUUUUUUUGUUUUGUUUUGUUUUGUUUUGUUUUUUAACUAAGCAUUCUCCAUAAAUAUUUGUUUUUAAUUGCUGUUUGAAUGUAUGCGUAUUUCCAGCAUAUGGUUGAAGCGUGUUGUUUGCUUAAGCUUGCCUGCCUCGGCCUUGUGUAUCCGCCACUGCGGUUUUAAUACUCUGAAGAUCAUUUUUGAGGGCUUUACCUAAACAGAACAGGACUCCUGAGACUUCUAGCGCUAAUUUUAUUGUUGCUCUAUACAUGAGUAAUGUAUAAUUUACUAUUUUAAGUAUUUUAAUGAAAGCAGGGGGUCAGGCUAUUUGUGUGUGUGUGUGUGUGUGUGUGUGUGUGUGUGUGUGUGUGUGUGUGUGUGUGUGUGUGUGUGUGUGUGUGUGUGUGUGUGUGUGUGAGAUGCCUCAGCGGGCCCAAUGCCUCUGUUCCUUUUCUCCUUUUGGUUCUGUUCUCUAGGCUGUCUUGUCCUGUGGUGCAGCAGUGAUGUCUGUAUGUGCUCCUUGUCCUCCCCGAUGUCCCACCCUGUGAUGUGUUCCAGCCUGGGCCUCAUGUGUCAUGUACAUUGACCAUUUAGAAACCUGGCUAACACUUAGAAGCGUGUGUGUGAGGGAGACUGUGAGUAAUAUGUGAUGUACACCUUUGUCAUGACCUUACUGUUCGAAACUUGGAUUGUGAGUUUGAGCAAGUGGCAUUCUAAACCUGAAGUUUUAUUCUGGGGAUUUUCUGUAGCUAUGAUUGACAUGCCUUGCACUUAGAUUGACAAUAACCUAUGAUCUUUAGCUAACAAGCACAUGGCCUGCCCCUGUCUGUAUUCAGUUUUGCUAUUGUGAACCUUUUGCUGGUCUUUUGUUUGAAUUUUUUCCCAAACUGUUUGAGAGGGAGAGAGAAACAUGGCCUCCAGUGUGGAUGGUUGGCUCUUCCUAAACUGGGACUGGAGAAUAAAGAGGUGGAUACUGGUCCAUUGAAGUCCCAGCUUCCAAUUUUUCUCUCCACAUGCCAUUUAGCUUUGACCAGGACACGCAAACAUGGAGGACCAGGUGGCUCUUUGUUUGACAGCAUUCGUGUUUUUUUGUUUUUUGGUUUUUUUUUUUAGCUGGAUGUUUCUACAUUCCGACAUCCCUGUUCAAUAAAUUGCCCAGAGGUGUUGCGUGAA